GUUUUUUGCCUAAAAUGUCUGUUUUGAUAGUAAAGGUUGCUGAGCCCUGGCCCUGGGGUAGUUGAACUCUAUAUCUGUGGUGGCCUACACCUCUGGACCGGCCUCUCUGGGGAUUGCAGUUCUGAAGGAACGCAGAGAGCAGCACGUCCAGUGAAAAGACGGACUGCAACGUCCACAAUGCAAAGCGCGCAGGCAUCGUCCCAAACAGCGCUGAUCUGACAACCGACUGUCUCCCGGUGUAGCCGUCCUCCUCCCGGUCUACCGGUCCUCCAGCAGUCUAUAGAUCGCUGUUUUUAUCCAGGUCAUCCCGGCAGCACGGCGCUGUGACUCCCGCUGACGGGCGCUGUUCCCAAUGUUUACUUCUCCGGCAUGUCUCCUCCAGACGGGAGGGAAAGUACUGCUUCUGUUUACUGAACAUAUUGUUGUUGUGCUGAGUCUGGACAGCCGCUAUGGUUGUACGGCUUUAUAUUCACACUGCUGUGCGGCUGACGCACUAGUUGACAACAGUUAGGGACAGCUUCCUCUCUCUCUCUCUGGCGGAGAGCUCAUUGUCGACAAUAGCGGAUUCUCUCCGGCUCCAUGAUGGCGAUGUUUCGGAGCUUUGUCUCGGCGAGCACGCAGCUCCGCCAGCAGCAGCAGCAGCAGCAGCAGCAGCCCGGCUCCGGGUCCGGGUCCGGCAGCGGCUCGCUGACAGCCCCGGCGGAGGGCAUCGAGAGCCAGUUCUCUUGUCCCAUCUGCCUGGAGGUCUACCAUAAACCCGUCAGCAUCGCCAGCUGUGCUCACACGUUCUGUGGGGAGUGUCUGCAGCCGUGUCUUCAGGUGACCUCGCCCCUCUGCCCUCUCUGUCGUGUGCCCUUUGACCCCAAGAAGGUGGAGCGCUCCUCCAGUGUGGAGAAGCAGCUGGCCUCUUACAAAGCACCCUGCAGGGGCUGUAACAAGAAGGUGGCUCUGUUAAAGAUGAGGUCCCACAUUGCUUCCUGUUCUAAAGUACAGGAGCAGAUAGCCAACUGUCCUAAGUUUGUCCCUGUGGUACCCACCUCCCAACCUAUACCAAGCAAUAUUCCAAACCGGUCAACAUUUGCGUGUCCGUUCUGUGGGGCCAGAAACCUGGACCAGCAGGAACUGGUGAAGCACUGUAUGGACAACCACCGUAAUGACCCUAAUAAAGUGGUGUGUCCGGUAUGUUCAGCCAUGCCGUGGGGAGACCCCAGCUACAAGAGCUCCAACUUCCUCCAGCAUCUCCUUCACAGACACAAGUUCUCUUAUGACACCUUUGUUGACUACAGCAUUGAUGAAGAAGCAGCACUGCAGGCAGCUCUGGCUCUGUCACUGGCUGAAAACUGACACACCACAACCACCCUCUCACCGUUAGCACCGACUCCACCAUGACCGCGGUCGCCCCUCGUCCGUCUGCACUGCUGCUGUUUCUCAGAAGGUAUCAUCCACCCGACCCAGCCGGGUUCACGCAGUCUCCACGGAGAUUCACACCACGGAGAAGUCCAGCCAGCUUCGGUGAUGACCUCACUUCCUUUUUCUUUUCUUUUUUCCCCUGGUGUAGCAGGACAGUUUGCUACACUACAAAAUGAAAGCAAUUUGGAUGUAUUUUCACUGCUUCAUUUGAUUUGAUGAUUUAAAGACAAAACAUCCGGUUCGGAUUGAAAUGGAUCCAGGGACUGUAUCAAGAUGAGCUGAAACGGUAAAAACACCAACUGUUUCACCAGCUUAGAAACAGUCCAUCCACUCACAGCUUCAGUUCACCUGACAGCUGCCAUCUGGACCACCACAGCAUGAAGGGCUACCUCCAUGGAAACAUGUCUUUGUGUGUGUGAGUGUGAAACAUCCUGAAGCCUGCUAACUCUAAAAAACCUCAUCAGUGGCCACUUGUCACUUGCUAGGAAAUCCCGAUUGCUGGUACUCACUGUGAGUAACUUAUUCUACAGGUUGGUCUGUGGCGAACGGGCAAAUUCACUUAUUGGAUGAGUUAACAGUAGCAGCGGCUAGCACACAAGAGCUGAUUAGGACGAAUUUUGCAAAGAUAAACAGCUCCUCUAUUCAUCUCCACAAAACUGCUCCGGAGUCGGUGUGUCGUAUUUUGCACUUGCUAGACAAACAAAAUCACACGAGUUAGAAACACGGGCUUGUUGACCAUACACACAACAGAAGAGUUCAUCCUGUCGCUCUUGCUCUGUGCGAAGUUCAAGAUGACUUGUUGACUGAGCUGUUUGAAGUGCGGUUGCACGAUUACACCUGCGAUCAGGGUCUGAAAUUUAGCACCCGCCAAAUGUGAAUUGUUGGCAGCGGCGGGUGGAAUCGUCAGGUCAUCCGCCACUUUGGCAGGCAGGGAAAAGGAGUAGAUGGGAGUGGAGAACGGGUUCCUAGUUGUCUGAUUCCUUGGCAUCUCAUGCCUCCGUGACAUAUAGAUUCCUCUUACUGAUGCUUUCCGACAGUUAUGCAUACACAAUGACGUAUACGCACACUGUAUCAUGUUUCAGUUUGUUUGGAAAAAAAGAGAGAGGAAAAAAGCACUCAACAGCACCGCACUACUAAACCUGAGGGGACGCACCUCAUAUUUCCCCUGAUAAUGGUUCACUGUAAACAACAAAUCCGUGUUGAAAUCCGCAGGAGAAGAGUUAGUAACGUUAGCUGUUAGGAGCCGGUGGGCAGCACAGUCCUGCUUGGUUAAA